CUUUCCCAACCUUUGGAUAUAUAUAUAUAUAUACACACACAUCAUUCAAUAUGACAACUCCCUUUCGACAAGGUUUAAACAAAGUGUACCUUCCCAAUAUUAUUUUUAAAAUGGUACGAGCACCUAAUCUUCAACCUAACCAGGUAGCAUUCCGAGUACCACCUAAAUGUAAUAAAUUCGAUAUCCAUUCCUAUUUGACAAAUAUUUACGGCGUGAAUGUACAAGAAGUACGUACAAUGAACUAUGGCACAGUACACAAAAAAGGUCGCAACGGUAAAACUGAAGUGGUACAAUCAGCAUACAAAAAGGCUAUUGUGACAUUGGAUAGUGAAUUUGUAUAUCCACCAGAACCUGAAUGGUGUGAAUUAGAUAACGAACAACAAAGAUUGGGUACCAAGGCAGCUGGACGAAAACUCAAGGGUUGGCGAUUUAGAGGUACUCCUACCGAACGAGCUGAUUUGAAGCAAGUCAAUGAUCAAUUACAGGCUCGUAUGGAAGCUGAACAAAAAUCAAAAUAGAACACACUAUUCCAUUCAUUAGUUAGUCAUAUAUAUAUAUACUCCCUUUCUCCACUUUUUUUUUUUUACAGCAUUUGUACUCUUCGUUUAUAAAAUAGACAUAUUUUUUUUUAAUACACUCAAAAAU